UCCGGGGCGCGGGCGGUUGGCCGUCGGCAGGGCGGGCAGCAUGGGGUUCACGGUGGAGAGCCUGAGGGAGGCCAUGAAGUACAUGGUUGAGUCGCAGGGCUUCGACCGGGUGCUCCGCAAGAUGAAACUUCUUUCUGCAACUCCUGGAAAAAUUGUUUGUGAAAUGAAAGUAGAAGAGGAGCAUACAAACAGAGGUGGCACAUUACAUGGAGGUUUGACAGCCACACUCGUGGAUGUGGUGUCAACAACAGCGUUGCUGUACACAGAAAGAGCAGUGCCUGGGGUCAGUGUGGACAUGAACAUCACAUAUACUUCUGCUGCUAAGAUUGGAGAAGAGAUACUGAUUACAGCUCAGAUUUUGAAGCAAGGAAGAAAUAUUGCAUUUGCCAGCGUGGAUUUAACAAAUAAGGCAACAGGAAAGUUAAUUGCACAAGGUAGACAUACAAAGUAUCUAGGAAAUUAAUAUAAGAAAGUAAUUUAAAGAAGAGUAACGUUGGGCUUAAGAAUCCCUUACAGAAUGAUUCUCUCAUUUAUGCAAUAAGACAUCAUCUGCACAAAGUUGUGAUAGUCUAUAUAUUAGUCUCACUCCCAUAAUAAACACAUUUCUUAAUUACUACCAGAAUUGCUACAAGCCUAAAAUUAGUGCCUAUUUUGGGAUGAACAACAGAGUGGGAUAGCAUGGGGAUGCAUCUGGCGUUUUUUUGGUCAAGAUAGCAGAAGGAAAGAGCCUUUGGACCCACCAUAUGGUUUACCAGCAUGACAGUAUUUUAAGAGAUCUGUUUUCUUUGCCUGUGGUGUCGUCGUGUGACAAAGCAACCCUGUCUUCAGGUCCGUCACAGUCACAUUCAAACAGCACUACAUAUGCUUACAAACUAAACUACUUGUUCUGUAAGAUGGUAGUACAGAGUUCCUAUAACAUAGUGUGAAGCCAGUUUUAAAGUGUAAAGCAGGCUAAUACAGAAUGUAAUUUACUGAUGCUUUGAUGUAACAAAUUCAAAAGUAUUCAAUAAAGCUUUCUGAAACAACCUUUUUAAAGAUUA